AUGAAUAUGAAUAGUGAAUCCGUGUCAUCAUCAAUGGACCAUGCCAUGCACAUGAUGUCCACUACAGCAACCUCUACCAUGGCAUCCAUGACUUCUCAUGUCCAUGAUACUGCAAGUUCAACAAUGACAGGUAUGGCAGGAAUGGCAUCUAUGGCUGAAAGUGCCACAACAGCUGCUGCUGAUCAUGGAAGUAUGGAUAUGGGAGGUAUGCAUAUGUACUUUACUACCAAUUUUAAAGAUUAUCCAGUUGUUUUCAAAGGAUUGGCUGCUAGUAAUAGUGGAGAAGCGUUUGGAAUCUUUGUAUUGUUGUUUUUUGUUGCUAUUUUUGCAAGAUUGUUAGUUUUUGGUAGAGUUUAUUUAGAAGAAGUUGUUUGGAACACUGAUUCCCAUUCAAAGAUACAAGGAGAUGGUACUGGGGUUGUCGUGGCUCCUGCUCUUAGUAGUGCUCAAUCCUGUGACGGAUGUGGUCCUAAAUUUAGCAGUGAACAGGAAUCUACUCAUGCUGUUGCACAAAAUAAAUCAAUUUCCACUGUUUCAUCAUUGUUUAGAGAGUUUAUUAAGUUGAUUCUUUUUGUUAUCCCAGAUAUCUUCAGUUACGGUUUGAUGCUUGCUGUUAUGACUUAUACUUUGACUUAUUUCUUUGCUGUUGCUGUUGGAAGUGGUGUAGGUAAUUAUCUUACAAACAGAUUAAUCGAAAACUAUCGAUUAUCUAAACCACAUGGUUCAUGUUGUUAA